AUGGGACCUAACGACAACCCAUAUCAAGGCGCUGUAUUCUUUUUGACAGUUCAUUUUCCUAGAGACUACCCAUUCAAACCACCUCAGGUUGCAUUUACAAGAAUUUAUUAUCCAAAUAUUAACAGUAAAGGCAGCAUUUGUCUCGAUAGUCUAAGAUCACAGUGGUCUCCUGCUUUAUCUAUUUCUAAAGUUCUUUUAUCCAUUUGUUCACUGUUAUGUGAUCCAAACCCAGAUGACCCCCUAGUGCCAGAGAUUGCGUGGAUCUGUAAAACAGACAGAGAUAAGUAUAACAGAAUAUCUAGGGAAUGGACUCAGAAGUAUGCCAUGUGA